AUGUCCAAGGUUUGCAGCCUCUCGGAAGGUGGGAUCCAGCAUGCGCUCCACGUGCAGGACUGUUGGGAGUUUCUGCAGAAAGCGGCGAGACGUCGAAUGAAAGCUGACAUCGUGGUCCUGGACCCACCGUCGAUGGCACCACGAGCAUCAGCACGACCAAAGGCUUUGAAGGCCUAUGAGACCUUGAACCAAGGGGCGCUGAGGCUUCUUCGACCGGGUGGUCGCCUCAUUAGCUGCUCCUGCAGCUCUCACAUCACUCGCCAAGACCUCUUGAAUGUUGUCCAGGCCGCCGCCCAAGAUUCUGGUCGCAAAGUACGGCUGGAGGAGGAGGGCGGCGCCGGUGCAGAUCAUCCCGUUCGGCGGAGCUUCCCAGAGGGGGCCUACCUGCAGGUUCUUCACCUCAUGGUGGAGUGA